AUGCUGAACCUUUGUUUACCCACAGACAUGACAGACUCUAACAAGAUGAUCAUCAACUUGGCCCUCUUUGGCAUGACUCAGAGUGGAAAAAGUUCUGCUGGGAACAUUCUUCUGGGAAGCACUGACUUCCACAGCAGCUUUUCUCCAUGUUCUGUAACCAAAGAUUGUUGUCUGGGCCGCAGUUGUCACCUCUGUCGCUUCAUGCGUCGAGGGGGGCAAGAGAUAACCCUGCAGAUCCAGGUCUUGGACACUCCAGGUUAUCCACACAGCAGGUUGAAACAAGAGCAUGUCAAACAGGAAAUCAAGGAGGCCCUGGCACAUCACUUCGGGCAAGAGGGUCUCCAUCUUGCACUGCUGGUCCAGAGAGCAGACAUGCCUCUCUGUGGACAGGAAGCAUCUUCCUCAGUCCAGAUGAUUCAGGAACUUCUGGGACAUGCUUGGAAGAAAUACACUGCCAUUCUUUUCACCCAUGCAGAGAAAAUAGAAGAAGCUGGGUUCACUGAAGAUAAAUACUUGCGUGAGGCCUCCGAUACACUGCUGACCCUGCUAAAUUCUAUUCAGCACAGAUAUAUUUUCCAGUAUAAAAAAGGAAACUCACUUAAUGAACAAAGAAUAAUAAUCUUAGAAAGAAUCAUGGAAUUUAUAAAAGAAAAUUGUUACCAAGUUCUUACCUUUAAAUAA